AUGAGUACAACAUUAAGAAAAGUAGAAAAGAACAACAACAACAAAAAGAGUGGUGGUGUUGUUGUUGAUUCGACUGCAACCGCAAAAGAUACAGCAGUUAAUAGUAGUAGUAAAAAGAACAAGAACAGUAGUAGUAGUAGUAAUGUCAAACCAAAUUUAAAGAGUUUUAUAAUGGCAUUGAGACCAUGGUCAUUGACAGCAUCGACAGGCACGGUAGCUAUUGGAGCGGCAGUGGCAUUUAAAGAGGUCGAACAGUUUGACCCAAUCAACUUUGCCAUCACGAUGAUUGGAGCCAUCGGAUUGCAAUGUCUGUCGAAUCUAAUGAACAGCUACUUUGACCACGCCAACGAGGUUGACACUCACGAGAGCGCAGCUGAUCGCACACUCUUUGACUAUGGAUUGACACGUACCAACGUGGUUUGGAUGAUUGGUGGUACAUUGACGGCAUGUGUCGCCGCAUUGAUUGCUCUGAUGGUUCGUAUAGGAGACAUCAACACGAUUGUCGGAGAGUUGAUUCCACUUUGUUUUUGUGGAUUCAUCUUGUUUGCUUGCUAUACAUCCGGACCCAUUCCUCUAAAGUACUAUGCAAUGGGUGACCUCACCAUAUUCAUCGAGUUUGGUCCCAUCCUUGCAUUGGGUGGGUUUAUCGGACAAACCAACUUUCUUGCACUAUCCCCAAUCUACUACUGUAUCCCAACUGCUUUCCUUGUCACUGCUAUCCUUCACGUAAACAACACUCGUGAUGCCAAAUCAGACAAGGAUGCAAAUGUAUCUACCCUAGCUAAUAUUCUUGGUCAAAAUAAUAGUUUUAUUCUAUUAGUAAUUUAUUAUUCUUUGGCAUAUGGAAUGAUAGUAUAUAUGGCAUUAAAACAAAACUCACAAAUGAUGUUAUUACCAUUUAUUUUAUUACCAAAAGUAUUUACAUUAUUUAAAAAGUUUUAUAAUCAACAAUGGGAUCAAUUAGAUGCAGAAGCUGCAAUCAUUUCAUUCUUUUUCGCUGGUCUACAUACAAUUGGUAUUUUAGUUUCAGAUUACCAAUAA